GAGAAAUUUACAAAUCAUCAAGGUCUCCUGCAGAUGGAAAGGAGAACGAAUUUCAAGCUGUAAAGAGUGAAGCAGAGGCAGAAAAUACAUACAAUAGCUAUGAAGUAAAUAUUAGUGAUAGCUCAUGUGCUGGACAGCGGACUUUGUUCAAAAGUAGAAGCAAGUUUAAGGACAAUAAUUCUGAAACAUUCAGAGUUCAAACAAAUUUCAAAGAAGAGAGGUUUAGAACUUUUCCUCCGAAAUUUCGAUAUAGGUCUCAUGACAUAGAUAAUGAACAUGAAGACUGCAGCAUUUUAAAUAAUGCUGAUGUCACAUUACCACUUUCAGAAAAUGGAACCCCAACUUACUUGAAAUGGGCAGAAGACCUACAGUGUCUCCUGCAAGAUCUGGAAGGAGUGAAUUUGUUUAAAAGAUAUUUAACUCAGGAAAAUUGUGCAGAUAGUCUGGACUUUUGGUUUGCCUGUGAAGGCCUUAAGAAGGCUAGUCCCACUGAUGUGGAUUAUAUUCAGCAAGUAAUUAAAUUGAUAUAUAAAAAAUUUAUAAGAUCAGGACUAACAGAUAUUAAACAAGGAACUAGAGAAGAAAUAGCCAGUAAAAUAAACACUAAAGUAGGGUUUGAUCAAACAAUAUUUGACAGUGCUCAAAAAAACAUUGAAAUUAUCAUGACAAGGACAACAUAUCCCAGUUUUCUGAAGUCUGAGCUGUAUCUUCAGUAUGUUCAGUUAAUGCAACAAAAGACUCAUUUGGGAUCAGCUAAACAAGUCGUUGAUUUAGAAUCUGUCAAUGAAAACAAUGUUAACUUCAGACAAGGAUCAUACAUCUUACAAACAUUACAUGAAAAUGCUGAACUCAAAGCAAGGCAGUGUCAUGAUGGGGCACUCCUGAUCAGGGAAGCUUUGAAGCAGCAAUCCAGGGUAAUGAAAAAUCUGUCUUCCUAUCCAUCUGAAGCUCAAUCUGGAGACUAUAGUCCUACUCUUCCAUCAAGAAGUCGGGUAAAAAAGCACCAGCAAAUGAUAAAGAAAAAUGCCAGUUUACACAGUGAUUAUCUUGGUCAUCAAGCUAUAAUACCUAAAACUCAGCAAACACCAAAUAUGUUUACAAGUUUGCAAGAAGAAAAAUUUGCAGCACUUUUAACUCAAAAAUUGUUUCAAGUAAAAAAAGAAAGGGCAACUCAGGAACGAGUUGAAGAGUCUUUACAAAAACUGGAGGCAGAAGAAGAUAUAUCCUUGUCAAAAUCUUGUGUUAGAAAUUUACAGCAUCCAUUGGACACGUUUCUAGAUAUUCCUUCACAGUUUUUAUCAGAAGCUAUAACAGAUGAGCAAGCUGUUUCAGAAUACAAUGACCAGUCUAUUUUGGACCAGCAUGUAUCAAGGGUGUGGAAUGACUCUGCACAUCAUACUCCGAGUGGAUCUCCAAGUCUCUUUUCUCCUUCCUCAAUAUCAGUAUCACCUCAACUAGAGAGGCAUAGAUCUGAUUCAUCAGGUUUUGGCUCUCUGGUGUCUUUGAGGUUGUCCACUUCAGGUAUGAGUACUGUGGGCCUCUAUGCCAGUCCUUACGAAUCUGUUCAUUCUCAUCAUAACAAUUUGGGUCAUCCAAAAGGGAAUCAAAAUUCAUGCUCAAAUGCUAGUGGAACAGUUCAUGAUUUCACUUCUGAUAAUGAACCCAGAAAAUUUUCUCUUCUUCCUUUCCACCUUCACAAGCAUUUCCAUCAUCACCAUUCAGUAAUGGCCAAAAGAGUUGGGGCAGCAUCAGAGCUGCCAAGUGUGACCUCUGCUGAACACCACCAGACUUGGCACUCCAAGGACGUGUCCAGGAAAUCAUGUUGCAAGAAGUUAUCAACCAAUGACUCUAGUAGCAGCUGUAAUGAUAGUGGAGUUAGUUUAGCAUGUGAUCCAGUGCUGCCAACCCUGGCAUCUAAUCAAAGGGUUUCUAGUUGGAUGAUGGACAAUGAAAAGUACUGUUGUGGUCCUGAUUUGGAGAAGGAUUCUUCUACAAGACAGAAGAAAUCGAAUAGAUAUUCAUUAUCCACUUCAUCUCCAGUACCAGGCCAACAAAGGAAUUCUAAGAAGUUAGUGGCCUCACCUUCUGGCUCCUCAGAGGGAGAAGAUUCUAUUCUUUGGUCUCUUCUUCUUCAAUUACCAGGCAGUGUACCUUGUUAUAAAUCUUGUUCUUACACGCCAACCCAUACUUAUCCAUGGGUGUUACAACCUACUCAGCCCAUUGCCUUAGAUCCAUCCAUGCCAGUCCUUCCUCCACCCGACACAGCAACACAGCUUCUGGAAGCUAAGCGACGGCUAGAAGAUGAGGCACAUUUAAAAUGUGGAAAGAACAAGUUGAACAAGAAAAUUUUAUCUAAUCACCAUCCUGGGUCUGGCUACUCUGGAGAGUUCACCAUUAUUGGUUACUAUUUCUCUGGAGAAUCAGUGCCUUACAGGACUAAGCUUCCUGGCAAGAAUGUCACCCUCAAGCAAUUCAAAACUCUUCUUAGCAGGAAAGGAAACUACAGGUAUAGCAUACAGUGGCGUACUUCUUCAAGAAAAGAUGCAAUGAAUUUGAAACUGGAAUAAUAAAUGAAGAAAUAUCAGAUGACAAUGAGGUGUUACCUCUUUGGGAAGGGAAGGUCUUUGCUACAGUUGAAUUGGUA